UAAAAAGUUAUCAUUAUUAUAGUUCAAACGACACGAUUUGGAAAUCUUUUUUUUUUAGAUCCAUUUGAAGCGUUUUUUGUUUCAUUGGCUACUUGAUAUUGGCCCUCAAAAAAUCUUCUUACUCUGGAAUUAUUCCUCUUGAAUGAAGAUAGCAUCCCCAUGCAACAGAUUAAGGAUUUAUUGGGUUUGGAAUAAUCAUAGAGUAGCUGGAAUUUGCAAUUUAUUAUUAAGAAUAUUUCAUUCAAGAUAAAAUUAAAAAAAUAUAUCAAAUAAAAUCAAUUUUGCAAAGCAAAAAGUGUGACAGAAAUUCCAAUAGAUAUUUCAAGCUUCAAGAGAGAACGGUGCCCUAAAAUCAUUGUGGUUUCAUUUUUAUAUAAUAAACAUUUAAAAGCGCUGCAAAGAAAUUACCCCAGGAAUGCAAAAUUCGGCUAUUUGUUUCCCUCACAAGCUUCAUCUCCGAGGCUAGAUGAUAUACUUAAGGUAAAAUAUUUAUGUUUUUUUUGCGCGAACUUUGACCGGAAUAUGACAAAAUGUCGUGACGUGAUGCGGGCACGCUGGGACCAGAUAACAGCACGCAACCCCGGAUCAAGAGCUGAAAAGGACUACAUGUUGCAGGCUGUUCCUGUCUUCACUCAUUCCGAUUCCCGCUAUAAAACCAUUUAGUGACGUCAUAGACAAAGCUGUCCCAAGGCUACUUCUGAUUUUAAGGUUCUGGGCCAAAAGUUCUAUGCGGCUAGGCACGUUGUCAUGCCAACCAAUGGUGGUGGUUUUUAAUUACGUGUUUUUCUCGCGCUUGGAGGAGCUGUUCUGCGCGCUUGUCUACUUGAUCAGGUAUGUUCUACAGCGUACCGCACUGACUUAUGGGAUAGCUGUGCAUGGCCCCUUUAUCGUUAUAUUUGUGAUAAGAAAUGCGAUGGCAUCUGUUUCCGCGAUCAUCAUGUGGUCAUUCAAGACAGGGCUGUACUGCAGUUUGGUUCUGAUAAAGUUCGUUUCUCUAUCGUCCAUUCAUUGGGUAACAGACAAUUUUGAAGUCAUAACAAGGUGUACAGCAGGCGUAUUUUUAGCGUGUAUCACCGCUGUGCUGAUGUUUCCGGUUUUACACACCUUUUUUCUGUAUCAUUUAUUCGGCGUCUUUUCACCCGGAACUAUGAUAAGUCUCAACUCCCCGGCUUUAGUUGAGUUAGACACGACUUCACAGAUCUUCGUGGACUUUUCAUUCAGUGUUUGGAUGAUCUUACGUACGAUAUUCUAUUAUUCAAUAACAAGAAUCAUGGACCGCGCACCGGAAAAACCUAAAAGAACCACCGCUAUAUUGGAUUCCUCAAAACACGUUUAUGGUAUAUCCAAACAAUGGGCUCUUCUAGCGACCAUCCUCCCUUGCGCGCUUAGCACUAGCUGGCCAAAACACAUGCUCAACAACGGAAUCAAUUUGGCUUGCUUCGCCUUAUUUACAAACCGGUUAAAUGCACCUAGAGUGAUUACCAAGGGAUAUACACUGGGUUACAUACUCUUGAUUGGACAAAGUGUACUCGUCACAGUGCAUCAGUUAUUUUUUACGGCGACCGAAAUGGACGACGGCAUGGAUGUUUUAUUCACGAUGGCGUGUUGCGGUGCAUUAUGGGUGGCGUGGAGGGUGGCGACUGACGCAUGUGGGAGACUGGCGGAGAUUUUAAUUGGGAGCACGUUUACAACGCAUGCGCAGGGUAGAUCAUGGCAGCAGUUUGUAAGCAGGUAGUAGCAAGCGAAAUAGUUUUUUGACUAUUUGCCCGCGCGACAAAUUGGGCGUAACACAUAGAAACGCUUGCUACGCAAGCUACCAGAUAUAUUAUUUUAUAUUUAUAAUGAAGUUAACAGUUAAGCGUUUGAAUAUGAAAAAUAUAUAUUGUUCACUUGAA